AUGGGCUCCCGGCAGCACCCGUUGCUCACCUGGAAGCAGGGCAGAGGAGGGCUGCGACCCAGCUUCCUGGCCCGGACCGAGUGGAGCCAAUCAGCGAUGAUGAAUGAGACAGAGUUUCGGAGGAUCCUCCCUGACCAGUCUUCGGGCAGUGGGCACACCUUUGGCACCCCACGCACCUCAAGGAUCAUCGAUCCUAUCCUAUCGAAGAGAGUCUGCUUCUACAAAAGUGGAGAUUCUCAGUUCAAUGGCUUGCGCAUGGUCAUCAACAACCGCACCUUUAAAACAUUUGAUGCGCUCCUGGACAGUCUUUCUAAAAAGGUUCCCCUUCCGUUUGGGGUGAGGAACAUUACCACUCCCCGGGGGGUUCAUGCAGUCCAUACUUUGGAUGAACUGGUGGAUGGAAAAUCUUACAUCUGCUCCGACAGCCGUAAGGUAAAACCGAUCAACCUAGCACUCGCCAGGAAGAAGCUCCCGCCUUGGUACAAUGCCAGGCCUGUUAGUUCCCGUCGUCGGACCGUGCAGCAGGCCAGGUCUUUCCCUGGCCAAAACAUGUUUGUGCGCACACCAAAGAGGCUACUGGUUUUUCGCAAUGGUGACCCCACUGUAAAACACACUGUGGUGCUUCACAAGAGGACUACACUCACUUUUGAGUCUAUCCUGGAACAUAUUUCAGAGCUGAUCCAAUUCCAGGUGGUGAAAUUACACACAGCGGAUGGCAGACGUGUGGAUAGUCUUCCAGGCUUAAUAUUGUGCUCUGGGACUGUAGUGGCUGUGGGCAGGGAGCCAUUCAGGCAUGCAAACUACAAUGCACAGAAAUCACCAGCUCCAACAAUGCUGCCGACCAAACGAAUGGGUCACAGAAGACUAAAGGCGUUAAAACAAAGUUCAUGCGACCUACCCAUUCACUCUGUCGAGUUGGAGUCAGGUCGUAUGCUGGAGUCAGUACCAGAAACACCUGACACCUGCCUUGGCAUCGGAGCUGAAGAGCAGGAGAGCCUGCUGCCCUCAGAUGAUGACAUUGAAAAGUCCUUUCGAGUGAACCAAGAUGGUAGUAUGACAGUGGAGAUGAAGGUGCGGCUGACAAUUAAGGAAGAGGAAACCAUCCAUUGGACGACCACUCUGUCACGCUCAAGUGUAGCCAAUCAGCUAAAUGGGACCUGUUUACCAGAGACUGAGGCAGAGCAGGAGAUAAGCUCACUUAAAUUAAACUCACUAGAUUUACAAAGUCCUGCUGCCUCCAUUGACACCAUCAACAAAACUAAGGAUAACAAUGAUGAAGAUCCACCAUCGCUGGGCAAUAGAGCUUUCAGUGAGAGUAGUCAUGAAGAGGAUAAUAUCAAAGUACAAACUGAUGUGGUGUCCCCUAGGAGAGCUCCUACACCGGGGCACAAGCAAAUUAGAAAAAAGCAAGUGGAGAGCCUAAAAUCAGAAACAGCAGAGGGGAUUCAGGAAGGUACAAUUGGUUCUUACUCCUACAGAGAGCGGACAGAAAAUGGAGCCAUGACAGAGCAGUACUGCAUGGUCAAACAGAGUAGCAGUAUACCAGUGCCCAAACCUAGAAAACUUGGGUCUGUCGAUGCCAAAAAUAUAAACGGAAAUGUGUCCAAAUUUAAAUCAGCAGGGAUGGCGGAAAUCCUACAGAUUGAAUCCAGCGGAGAGGAGGCCAGCUACUUCAGAAACUAG